AUGGUUUCCAUCAUUCCCACCACCAUGGACAUCACCUACUGCGAAGGCGCACGUUUGCUGCAAGACUCGCAAGCCGAUCUAGAUGCAAUCCUGGUCCAACGACCCAACGGCAACCUGACCUGCAAACAUUGCUACCUCGUCAUCGCCGACGCUGACCCCGAUGCUGACAACCUCCGAACCAUGUCUUCCGACAAGGACUGGCCGCUGGUCGUGAGCUGCCAUGUCCAGGCGUGUGCCUCGCUGCACGAUCGGCGGGCCGCCUAUUCGUGCUAUGCUUGCCUCGAGAGGGGGAAGACUUCCAUCGAGACCUCGGUCGCAGCUCUCAAGAGCCAUCUUCAAUCCUGUCAUCUGAUCAAAGAGCUCCAGCCCACGAUGCCGUACCAGCGGCACAGUUCCGAGUCCGAGUCCAUCAAGGAAGCGCAGGCCCGAGCUCCAAGUAUUCCCGUACGGCCCAAACGGAGAUCUCGACCAGCACCUGGCGUGGAAGCAACGCCCGAGAGACAAACAGCUGGCGAUGCGGAAACAGUCCAAAGCGCUACCAGCCGACGACCUGUACCCUCAAACCCAUUCUGGUCAGGUCAAACAGCAGCAUCGCCUGUUGCUCCGAAUAGCCCCAGUACACCCAUCAAGCAGGGUCCGACGGAUUCUGAGCGACCCGUACAAUCACGAUCGAGGCGAGAGAUCCCCACGCAGGCGGAGAGAACCUAUACUCCUUCCACCGCGGCCCGACCAGAGCAACUUAAUGCAGUGAACCGCCCUUACGCAGAGGGAGCAGAUGUUUUCAGUGUUCCAGGCGGCUUUCCACCUCACGAAGCAGGCAGUCACGACCCUCGCAAUCCUUUUUUCCAAGAGUUUCCGCCCAUGCCGCCACCGCGCGCAACAUUCUCCAACGACCAUUCGACUGCACCGAUUCGGAGGAAGGAUGUUAGACUGGAGCCAAGUGCACAGCCAUUCCCGGAGCCAGGUCGUGAGGACAGAUCGUUUCCGACACGACCGAGUCGAGCCCCUCCUGCGCCACCAGUACUGUCGGCGCCAGCGCCAGGUCCAAAUUCCCGCGCCGCCCAACCAAUCCAGGUCGAUGUGCCACAAAGUCCCCACGCAGACCAUGCCAAGAUCCAACAACUCGCGGCCCUGGGAAUCAGCAGAGCCAGAGCGGAGUAUCUGCUCAAUCAGACCGGGGGAGAUGUCAACGAAGCCGCGGUACUUGGAUUCGAGGAACAGCAAGGUAGCAUGGACGGCGGCGGUGGUGAAUGGCUGCCUACACCAUCGUCACAGGCUGCCCAAACUGAGGGGCUUCCAUCAUCCCCAAGUUCAGACAGACGCAAUCGGCGGUCAAGGUAA